UUGUGUUGGUAUGGGGAGAGGAAGCUCAAGUGUUUAGCGCUCUGUGUACUGAGUGGCUUGCGAGGUGAUGUCACGCGGAGGCUGUCAGUGAAAUCUGACUGCAGGAGGACCGUAGGGAGGAAUAAGAAUCACUGGUGUGGCUUAUGUGGAAAGAGAGGCAUAAGAAAGGGAACAAAUUAAAACAGCAGGAUAGAAGCACAGUUUGUUGGAGAUAUAGGUUGCUUUCAUUGCAUUUAAUCAUACAUCGCAACCCCAAGGUUAUAGGGGAAGGAAUCUGCCUGUAUUGUAGCCCCUCCAUUGUUGACGCCACGAAUGGAUGCCCAGGCUGUAGACGAGAACUCAGGGGACAGUGGCAGAGGAGGACCUGUACUGCAUAUUGUGGUGGUGGGCUUUCACCACAAAAAGGGAUGCCAGGUUGAGUUCUCUUACCCCCCACUGAUCCCAGGACAGAGUCAUGACAGCCACUUGUUACCAGAAGAGUGGAAAUACUUGCCUUUUCUUGCUCUCCCAGAUGGCGCUCAUAACUUCCAAGAAGAUACAGUAUUUUUUCAUCUUCCACCAAGAUCAGGAGAUCAGAAGAUGGUUUACGGCGUUUCUUGCUACAGACAGAUUGACGCAAAGUCCUUGAAAGUGCGUCAAGCAGAUGUUACCCGCGAAACUGUACAGAAGAGUGUUUGUGUAUUGAGUCAGUUGCCACUCUAUGGAUUGCUUCAAGCAAAACUUCAGCUCAUUACUCAUGCCUACUUUGAAGAAAAGGAUUUUUCUCAAAUAUCAAUACUCGAGGAACUUUAUGAACAUAUGAAUAGCUCAUUAGGAGGAAGUGCAUUAGAGGGAUCACAACUAUAUCUUGGUUUGUCUCCCCGGGACCUCGUGCUCCACUUUAGACAUAAGGUCUUAAUCUUAUUUAAAUUGAUUCUUCUUGAGAAAAAAGUCCUUUUUUACGUGUCACCUGUUAACCGAUUGGUGGGGGCAUUGAUGACUGUCUUGUCUCUUUUUCCAGGCAUGAUUGAGCAUGGUUUAAUGGACAGCUCACAGUACAGACCUCGAAAGAGCACGUCGGAAGAUGUGGAAUUCCCUGCAGCAUCAGCUUCACAUGACAAUAUCUCUCCACUUUUUUUGGAGGUGUCAAAUGCAACUGAAGAGGAACCAAAUAAGAACCUGCUGUUUAAAAACAUCCAGCCUGAAGUGCCUAUUUUUGAAUCGGAUACUAAUGGCAAUGUUGAACAUGUGCGUCCUCCUUCCCAUACCUCACCAGAAUCUACAGAGAGUGAGUGGGAGACUUUAGAUCCCAGCAUACUGGAGGAGGGCAUCUCAAAGGAUGAAGGGGACCUAUGGAGUAAUGGGACAGGACAGAAUGAUGGUAUUAAAAAGGACACUGUUUCUUCAGGUGGCAUACCCAUUACAGUUCAGCCUCAAUCUAACACAGGACAGGCAGUAUUUACCCCAGGGCUUAUAUCUGGGUUAGAAGAAGACCAAUAUGGAAUGCCUUUGGCCAUCUUUACAAAGGGGUACCUCUGUUUACCGUAUAUGGCACUGCAGCAGCAUCACCUACUCUCUGAUGUCAGCGUUCGAGGUUUUGUAGCUGGCGCCACGAACAUUCUUUUCCGUCAGCAAAAGCACCUUAGUGAUGCUAUUGUUGAGGUAGAAGAAGCUCGAAUUCAGAUUCAUGAUCCAGAACUCAGGAAGAUCCUGAACCCUACAACAGCUGACCUCCGAUUUACAGACCACUUAGUUAAGCAUGUCACUGAAAACAGAGACGAUGUGUUCUUGGAUGGCACCGGCUGGGAAGGAGGAGACGAAUGGAUCAGGGCACAAUUUGCCCUCUACCUCCAUUCAUUGCUUUCUGCCAUCUCACAGCCAGACAAUGAAAAGUUGCUGUCAGACUAUGGAUCAGCUUUUGUAGGUACAUGGAAAAUUACACACAACUACAGAGUGUGGAACAGCAACAAACACCCUGCUCUUGCAGAGGUGAAUCCAAGCCAUCCAUUCCAAGGUCAUUACAGUGUAUCCGAUGUAAAGUUAAGACUUUCACACUCUGUGCAGAACAGUGAACGUGGCAAAAAACUAGGCAACGCUGUAGCCACCACAAGCAGGAACAUGGUUCAGACUGGAAAAGCUGUAGGUCAGUCUGUAGGAGGAGCUCUCAUCAGUGCAAAAUCAGCAAUGUCUUCAUGGCUUUCUACAUUCUCCCAACCAUCAACACAGGAGCCCGAACAAGAUAAGCACUGAAUGAAGGAAUUGCUGCAUGUGAUCUUUGUCUUUCUUGAUGUGACUAAAUAGCUGUCCUGUUUGACCCUGCACUACCCUUUGUGGCUGAAGCACAAAUUCUGUCAAUGACGCCUCCAACAACCUGCUUUUUGUUAAGGGACAUAUACACUAUACAGGUUACUCAGACAGGCACAUUUUUAAUAUUAAGACCACAUGUAGUAGUUAAGUUAUAUGUGUAUAGUUUACAUUCUAUGUUGUCUACUAUUUGGAUCCAUUCAAACAGCUCAACAGGUGACCUGCUUUAUCUUGCAUUUUGUUUACUGCUGUAGGGAUGAGAGAUUUUAUAAAGGAAAUCCUUUAUUAAUUAUUCAGCAACAUUCCAGCCAUCUAAACUAGAAAAUUGAUUUACAAAAACUAGAAGAA